AUGACAACUUCAAUUCUACCCUCGAUACUUCCUUCGAUUAAGAUAUCAAAAUCUGGAGUUCCUGUCUCGCCCUCCCCGAGUGCUCCAAGAACUAUCGUGAACGACAUUGGUUCUGAGAACGGCCGCCCGACAACAUCAGGUAAUGAUGUCCCCACGACUGCUGGCGGAUCCACGGCAUUCUCGAAUGGAUCACAGUCCAGAUUUUCAAAUUCAACUUUAGCACUCGACACUGAAAGGCUUCAGUCUCCCACGACCAGUACUGCGAGAAGGAAAGGGGUGCCCAUGCGUGAAGGUACAACACUUGCGGACCCAUUGACAAUGCAGAUCCUCCGUCGUACAGGAACCGAGAAUACGAUUCGACAGAAGGCGCGGAAGGAUAGCAAUGAUGAUGCGCAAAAUGAGGGUGUGAUGGGGGCUAUUCCUGAGAGGAAUCCUUCGGACACGAUUAGGCAUAUGGAUACACAACCCCAGAAGAAAAAGGGCGUUUCUUUCCUUAGCCGGAUAAUGGGUGGGAAGAAAAAGGGUGGGGACGCGCCUCAGAAUGAAGAUGGAUUUGAGGUUGACAUGAGGACGGAGGGGAUGGAUGCUCAUGUUUUCUCUGAGCCAAUUGGCGGACAUGGAUUUACACCUCAGUUCCCGGCGCCUCCGAAAUAUAUAAGGGUUCGUUCACAAAACAAACACAAGCGUGAGUUUGAUCAAACAUUUCUUGCUCAAGAGCUUUACCGAAAACAUGAGGAGCAUCCAAAGUCGCCCAAUGCUAGUAAGUUCAAUUUAUCGACGGCGUCACUUAGUAACAUCCCAGCACAUAAGAGUGGAGCUAUAUGGGCUAUGAAAUGGAGCAAAGAUGGCCGUUAUAUAGCAGCGGGCGGGCAGGAUAAGAUUGUACGGGUAUGGCAAGUUAUCAGUACCAAAGAGGAGCGGGAAAUGCACGAAAAAGAGGAAGAAGCUGGGUCAGGGGGGAUCUACUCUGGCGGAAGGGGAGUUCGGUUGAACGCUCCUGUAUUUCGCUCGGAGCCUAUCCAUGAAUAUACUGGUCAUACGGCAGAUGUAUUGGAUCUAAGUUGGAGUAAGGUCGGUGACUUUGAAGCAAAAAACAAUUUCUUGCUUUCAUCUUCAAUGGAUAAGACUGUACGGCUAUGGCACGUCUCUAGAAAGGAAUGUCUUUGCUGCUUUCAGCACAGUGAUUUUGUCACCGCCAUUUGCUUUCAUCCUCGAGAUGACCGUUUUUUUCUGGCUGGGUCGCUUGAUUCUAAGUUGAGACUUUGGAGCAUACCUGAUAAAAGCGUGGCAUUUUGGAACGAGCUUCCCGACUUAAUAACUGCAGUAGCAUUUACCCCAGAUGGGAGAAUGGCAAUUGCGGGCUGUCUGAGCGGGUUGUGCCUUUUUUAUGAAACCGAGGGAUUGAGAUAUCACACUCAAGUUCACGUAAGAUCAUCUCAUGGAAAGAACGCAAAAGGGAGUAAGAUUACCGGGAUCGAAACCAUCACAUUCCCGCCAAAUGAUCCAAAUGGCGAAGUUAAAAUUUUGAUCACCAGCAAUGAUUCAAGGGUGCGUAUGUACAAUGCUAGAGACAAAAGCCUUGAAGUGAAAUUUAAGGGCAACGAGAAUACGUGCAGUCAAAUCCACGCCACAUUCAGCGAUGAUGCCCAAUACGUCAUCAGCGGCAGUGAAGAUAGGAGGGUCUACAUAUGGAACGUUGGGUCAGGGGAGGCAGAGAGAAAGGACAAAAGGCCUGCUGAACAUUUUGAGGCCCAUCCUGCAAUUGUUACGGUUGCGAUCAUGGCACCAACAGCGACUCGGCAGCUGCUGGGAGGUUCCGGAGAUCCUCUAUAUGAUUUGUGCAAUCCACCACCAGUAACUCUUGUUAGUCGAGGUUCUGACUCGAUAUCGUCGAAAAAGCACCCCGAAUCAUUGGCGGAUCAUAAAUCAGAAGAUAGCUCUGUCCUCAAUAUUCCCAAGCCUCCUGAGGAGUCUCCGGCGUAUUUACAAAGGUCAACACAUCCCGAUGGGAAUAUUAUAGUCACCGCAGACUACACUGGUCGUAUAAAAGUAUUUCGACAGGAUUGCGCAUUUAACAAGCGCAAGAGUGAUAGUUUUGAUACUGCAUCAACCCUUUCGAAAAAGAUUGGAGAUAGCCUAUUUAAUGGUCAUGGGAGGAGAAAUUCAUCACAUUCUCACCACGGCUCAGAUCGAAUCCAAUCGUGGCGACAAAGCAUUGCAUCUAACGGUAGUCUCGAAGGCUCAAUUCGCGGUCACAGGAACAGCCUUGGUUUGGACGGAUCAUCAAACAGAAGUGUUUCUCCAAGGAAAUCGAUGGGGGCAAUGUCGAUUGGGUCUGGUAGCACCUCAAACCGGUUUAUGAGGUCUGGAAGUGUUCGUUCGAGAGCGUCAAGAGCAACCUCGAUUGGGGUAGAUGGUCCAAUACAUAAUGGCCACAAUGCAUACACCGUGGCCAGCGGUACAAACCGUGGGCAUGGUAUUCCUUCAAGUGCAGAUGGCAAAGUUUUACCUGAUGUGGAACGACCAAGAAGUACUGUGCAGAAUCAGACUGGCAAUGGAUUGAGGGGCCAAGGAGCGAAUCAGGACCGAAACUCGGGGAUGCCUAUGACUAGGGCUUCAGCCGGAAGUAGCAGACAUAGAUUGAGCGCGGUUGACUCAGAUGAAUCUGACGAAGAAGUCUUCAGUAGCGAUGAAGGUGAAGAGAGUGAAAAUGAAACUGUGAGGUGCAAAAGAUGCGGGGGAACCUCAUUCAGAGCGAAACAAUCGAAGAAGGGGGAACACAAGCUUCUUUGCGUCAAGUGA